GCGGCGGCCGCCUCAGCGGGGCGGGGCGCGUGCGGCGGGCGCGGGAAGCGGCGGGCGCGGAGACACCGAGAGGGACUGAGGGGAACCGAGAGGGACUGAGGGGCACUGAGGGGAACCCGCCGCCACCAUGCACGUCGUGAAGCGGGAUGGGCGCCAGGAGCGGGUCAUGUUUGACAAGAUCACCUCACGCAUCCAGAAGCUCUGCUAUGGCCUCAAUGUCGACUUUGUGGAUCCCGCACAGAUCACCAUGAAGGUGAUCCAGGGGCUCUACAGCGGGGUCACCACGGUGGAGCUGGACACUCUGGCCGCAGAGACCGCGGCCACGCUGACCACCAAGCACCCCGACUACGCCAUCCUGGCCGCCCGCAUCGCCGUGUCCAACCUGCACAAGGAGACCAAGAAAGUCUUCAGUGAUGUGAUGGAGGAUCUCUACACCUACAUCAACCCUCACAACGGGAAGCACUCCCCUAUGAUCUCGAAAGAGACUCUGGACAUAGUUCUGGCCAACAAAGAUCGCCUGAACUCUGCCAUCAUCUACGACAGAGACUUCUCCUACAACUACUUUGGCUUUAAGACUCUGGAACGCUCCUACUUGCUGAAAAUCAACUCCAAAGUUGCUGAACGUCCCCAGCACAUGCUGAUGAGGGUGGCCGUGGGCAUCCACAAGGCCGACAUCGAGGCCGCCAUCGAGACCUACAACCUGCUCUCGGAGCGCUGGUUCACCCACGCCUCGCCCACGCUCUUCAACGCCGGCACCAACCGCCCCCAGCUCUCCAGCUGCUUCCUGCUGUGCAUGAAGGACGACAGCAUCGAAGGCAUCUACGACACCCUGAAGCAGUGUGCCCUCAUCUCCAAGUCUGCUGGGGGCAUUGGCCUUGCCGUGAGCUGCAUCCGUGCCACGGGCAGCUACAUUGCUGGGACAAACGGGAAUUCCAACGGGCUCGUUCCCAUGCUGAGGGUCUACAACAACACCGCCCGCUACGUGGAUCAAGGUGGAAACAAGAGACCUGGGGCUUUUGCCAUCUACCUGGAGCCAUGGCACUUGGACAUCUUUGAGUUCCUGGACUUGAAGAAGAACACAGGUAAAGAAGAGCAGCGAGCCAGGGACCUGUUCUUUGCUCUCUGGAUCCCUGAUCUCUUCAUGAAGCGAGUGGAAACCAACCAGGACUGGUCCUUAAUGUGCCCAAAUGAGUGUCCUGGCCUGGAUGAUGUCUGGGGAGAGGAAUUUGAGAAGCUCUAUGAGAGCUACGAGCGGCAGGGCCGCGUGCGCAGGGUGGUGAAGGCCCAGCAGCUCUGGUACGCCAUCAUCGAGUCCCAGACCGAGACUGGCACCCCCUACAUGCUCUACAAGGACUCUUGCAACAGGAAGAGCAACCAGCAGAACCUGGGCACCAUCAAGUGCAGCAACCUGUGCACCGAGAUUGUGGAGUACACCAGCAAGGAUGAGGUGGCUGUGUGUAACCUGGCCUCCAUCGCCCUGAACAUGUACGUGACCCCCGAGCACACCUACGACUUCAAGAAGCUGGCUGAGGUCACCAAGGUCAUCGUCAGAAACCUCAACAAAAUCAUUGAUAUCAACUACUACCCUGUGCCAGAGGCCGAGCGCUCCAACCGGCGGCACCGGCCCAUUGGCAUCGGCGUGCAGGGCCUGGCUGACGCCUUCAUCCUGAUGAGGUUCCCCUUUGAGAGCGCCGAGGCGCAGCGCCUCAACCAGCACAUCUUCGAGACCAUCUACUACGGGGCCCUGGAGGCCAGCUGUGAGCUGGCCAGGGAGCAGGGCCCCUACGACACCUACCAGGGCUCACCGGUCAGCAAGGGGAUCCUUCAGUAUGACAUGUGGAAUGUCACCCCCUCUGACCUUUGGGACUGGAAGGCUUUGAAGGAGAAGAUUGCCAAAUACGGUGUCAGGAACAGCCUCCUCAUUUCCCCCAUGCCCACGGCCUCCACUGCCCAGAUCCUGGGCAACAACGAGUCCAUCGAGCCCUACACCAGCAACAUCUACACACGCAGGGUCCUCUCAGGGGAGUUCCAGGUUGUGAAUCCCCACUUGCUGAAGGAUCUCACGGAGAGGGGCCUGUGGAACGAGGAGAUGAAGAACCAGAUCAUCGCCCACAACGGCUCCAUUCAGAACAUCCCUGAGAUUCCCGAUGACCUGAAGCAGCUCUACAAAACUGUGUGGGAGAUCUCCCAAAAAACCAUCCUGAAGAUGGCUGCAGACAGAGGGGCCUUCAUCGACCAGAGCCAGUCCCUGAACAUCCACAUUGCUGAGCCCAACUAUGGGAAGCUCACCAGCAUGCACUUCUAUGGCUGGAAACAGGGCCUGAAGACUGGCAUGUACUACCUGCGGACGAAGCCGGCUGCCAACCCCAUCCAGUUCACCCUGAACAAGGAGAAGCUGCGGGAGCGGGAGAAGGCGUCCAGGGAGGAGGAGGAGAAGGAGAGGAACAAGGCAGCCAUGGUGUGCUCCCUGGAGAACAGGGAGGAGUGCCUGAUGUGUGGCUCCUAAGGGAUCACCCACGGCUCCGGCACAGCCGCUGCCCCUGGCUGGAGCUGCUGGGACAGGAGCAUCUGGAAGAACGUGAGGAGGCUGGGGCUGGGGCUGGGGGGUGGUGUAGCUUCCCCAUCCACAGGGAUGGGGUGAGCAUAGCUUUAGUAGCUGGGCUUCCCAGGGAUUUUAGUGCUCUGGCGUGGCCUUCCAUGGAAGCCUGCAGGUGGGACUGGGGACAGGGAGGUGCUGGUGCCACUCACAGGUCUGUCCUGGGCGCUCCAGACUGUGCCUUGCAGUCACCAAAGACUGCUCCUCGUGUGCCAGAGGGAGCAGCACACUGGCUGGUCCCUUUUCCUUGGCUGGGAGCCCCCCAGGGUAGGUGUGUUCAGUGUCCGCCAGGGCACAGGGGUGGCCGUGUCCUGCUGACACACCUGCGGUGUCCCCACCCUGCCACAGCCUCCUCAUCCCCCCGCUGCUUCCUCUCCUUGUCCCUCCUCUGGCUUUUCCAGACCGCCUUUGGAAGGAGCAGAUGGGUGGAAGGGCUGGUGCUUCCUGGCUCUUCUCCCUGGCCAGGACAGCCUGGCACUGGCUGAGUGUCUUCCAGUGGGGCCAGGAAGGGCAGAGCUGCUGCCCUGCAUUUGAUUCUGUAUUAAAUUCACUAAUUUGAGCUUUUUGCUCAGGCAGUUUCCUGGCAGGGGGCCAGUGCUGUCCUUGGCCACAGGUCAGGUGCCAUUUUGGGAGGGCCACAUGUCACUGGUGAAGGUCACCUGCCAUCUCUUUUCAGGGAGCUCCAUUCCUCCAGCCCAGGUAGUUCUUAGAUUUUUUAAACUUCUUAUCAAUUUACUGCGCCUGUACUCACUCCCUGCUUGAGCUCAGUGGGGCUUCAGGCAGUUCUGCAGUAUUUAUUGAACUCGUGAACCUCACCCCACCAGAGUCCCAGCUCAAUAAAAGGCGGAAUGUCGAA